AUGACCUCCAUGGCAUCGGACGAGGUCACGAUCGAGUUGUGGGGCGAAUUUCCCAGUUGCUCGUUUAAGAUAGACAGGAAGCGAGCGAGCGAAGUUUCGGGAUACCUUGAACGUUUGUUUUCUUCCAGCGAAAGGCAAGGCUAUGCGACUUAUGACCUGGAACCCGGCCUGUUUCGCAUGUUUCUUGUUUGGCUGCGAGUCCGCAACUUGCCACCCAACCCACAUUCAGAUGUGUACCAAAAGGAACCUUGGCUCUCUCGCGCCGCAGAGGCGUGGGUACUUGCCAGUGUGCUGGAAUCACCAGAGUUCGGGGACUUUUGCUUGAGGGUGUUCAUAAGGAACUGUGCCCUUGCGCCUAUCGGACCAUGGAGGUAUAUCCAAGACACCACUCUACCAAACUCACCCAUUCGACGGUUCAGCAACCACUGGAUCGCCUUGAAUGUCAGUAUUAUAAGCGGAGCACCUAGCGAAUUUGAUGGUCUUGAAGCGGCAGGCCUUGCUGCUCAGGCCAACGGGCACAUCGAGGAUCCGCGACAAUACAACUGCGCUCACUGGUACUCACCAUGUGGCGAUCGGGUCGAUUCUACCUGUGAGCAUAACCCCAAAGUCAUGGAGGAGAAGAAACGCCCGAGACCAUCUACCCCGAUUGUUCCCGCAGCUUCAGUACCGACUGCAGAGCGCGGCAUUUCGCUCGAGGUGCCGCCUUCUCGACGAGGAUCUCAAUUGGCACGACCACUCUCAUCUCGGGUGUCAUCUUCAAGGCAAAAUCGACAUAGCAGAAUAUCCUACGAAUCAAGGCCCGUGAGCCCUUCUUCUAGUGACUCGACUAUCUCUCCUCGAAGAAGAUUUUGGCUUCGGUUCGCCUCCAUUUUGACACACGGCACUUUCCUCACGAUAAUACUGGCAUUGUGUGCCGUGAUUCUCCCAAACGAGAGCGACGGCGUCAGAUCGGGCACGAGAUUCUACAGCAUCUUCUGUGUCUCGUGCGGCAUUCUCUGCUCGUUGCUCCCCAAGCUUGGCAUCCCAACUUACAUGUUGCUUGCGCUCGGUGACGGUAUCGCGCUGGCCAUCAAUACUAAAUCCUGCUGUGAGAUGGCUGAAUCUCCUAUUUGCCAGAAACUGAAGGCUUUGACUGUUUUUGUGUGGUUGGGUAUCCCGAUUUCGUGGUGGUUUAGAACGGCGUGGGGGACGAACGCGUUGAUCAGUUGGAGGAGACAUUGA